AUAAGAACCUGCAAAAAUCGUAAAUACAUAAAUCAACUUUUCGCGCACAGCAUGCUAGAAAAUUUUAGCAUAACAAGAAAAUCGUGUUUACAUAAAAGGCGAUCCGAAAUUGUUUUACUUAACAAACAAAAAAAUACUUUAACCAAAAACCAAACAUGAUAAAUUUUAAAUUUUCUUGAAACUUCAAGAAAUUCUCUUGAAAGUUAAUACAUUUGUAUUUAAACAGACGUGUUAAGCAUAUUUGUUUUGGAUUUUAUUCAGGGGACAAAAAACAAUGUAUGGCGCAUGUGUUACAAGAUCGGUUGCUGCUGGUGGCGGCAAUAUAAAUAUAAAAAGACGCCUGAAACCGCCCUCAGUUUUUCCUGCGCAACGCAACCAUGGCAUCGAAGCUGUACCUCUUUUCGUUUAUACUCUUUGUUUGCACUGCUUACUUGCAAGCGUUGAACGAAAUACCUGGCGAAGAAAACUGCGAAACUUUGCCAUCGGAAAUUCAUUUAAUCAAAGAGGAAUAUGACGAAUUGGGAAGACUUCAACGAACUUGCAAUGGGGAAGUGGCUGUGAACAAAUGCGAAGGCACUUGUAACAGUCAAGUACAACCAUCGGUUAUUACACCAACUGGAUUUUUAAAAGAAUGUUACUGCUGCCGCGAAAGUUAUCUGCGCGAGCGUGUGAUUACGCUGACUCAUUGUUACGAUCCUGACGGAAUGCGGCUGACAGCCGAUAGCCAGAAACAAAUGGAUAUCAAGCUGAAGGAGCCGGCCGAGUGCAAGUGUUACAAGUGCGGCGAUUUCAGCCGCUAAUUUUGCCACCGAGUCGCGAAAUACGCGCGCAACUUCAGCAAGCCAUAACUGAUGCCAUUUCUAUGUGACAUGCUUUUGUUAUUUUGUAAAAUGCCCAAAUAAAUGUCUUAUUAAUUUAA